AUGGAUGAAUUUAGGGCGGAUGACACGACGGAAUUAGAGGAAGGGAACGAAUCGAAUACGACCCUGUUGCAGCUUCAGGAUGCGUUUGUGAGCGCGCUUACAGCGUCUGGGACGCUUGGAAAAAUACGGGCCCAGCUACGCGCCACGGCCCUCGCGUUGAUUCGCGGCGACGAGGAUCUUCAAAAUGCCGCCGUUGGUCCGUUCAUUCGGCCACUGACACUUGCCACCCCUACCAAGGUAAGCCUACUACUGCUCUACGACUUUCUACAGCAUCACCACCUUCAACAGACCGCCGGUGUGCUUGAUGUGGAGGGCAGCGUGCAUCUUCUUCUUAAUGAGCGCUCCAUCCUUCUCGGCGACCUGGCCCGAUUGCCGGGUGACGGCUCCCUGCUGGAGCGACUCGUUCAGUUUUACGAGCCGGCGAGUCAGGCAUCAAUCGCCGGACAUUCGAAUACUCACGCCGCACUGACUCCAUCGAAGGCAGCGGGCACUUUGGCGGCGAUGGAGCCCCAGGCUUUUCCAUUCUUUUCUUCGUCCGGCCCGGCCACAGAGGAGGAGACCGACGCUGUGGCACAGGCGCACGACGCGGAUGUGCUCUAUGAGCUGGAAAAGUACGAGGACUCCAUUCCCUUUUCUGACACUGAGGGCACUAUAGAUGCAAGCAUGCAAUGCGAGGAAGUGGAGCGUCUCACGCAGUAG